AUGUCGAAGCAACCAGCCAUCGCCUCCGGGGCCAUAGAUCGUGUACAUAUACCCAUACGUUGUCCUUCUGGAGUACAAGCAGAACCAUACAGAAAUCGUAAGAAUUUCUUUUCUUUUCUUUUUUUUUUUUUUUGGUCAUCAGUUAGCCGUUGGCUGGGUUCCACGCAUGAUGCACGCAUUUGGGACAACAGUAGAGUUGCUGCAGAAUUUGAAAAUUGA